AAACGUGGGCCAAGACGUCGUCGAUCAGAGCCAGCCAAUGGGAAUCAGUGACAAUGCCCGGCCUUAUUUGCAUGGGCAGGGUAUAAGAGGAGCUGCAGCCGGAGGAGCGACUUAUUGUUUGCGUGCAGACUCUGUCACUUGCGAAACAUGCCUGAACCCGCCAAAUCUGCUCCAGCCCCAAAGAAGGGCUCCAAGAAAGCCGUGACUAAAACCCAGAAGAAGGAUGGCAAGAAGCGUAGGAAGAGCAGGAAGGAGAGCUACGCCAUCUACGUCUACAAAGUGCUGAAACAGGUGCACCCCGAUACCGGCAUCUCUUCCAAGGCCAUGAGCAUCAUGAACUCCUUCGUCAACGAUGUGUUCGAGCGCAUCGCAGGGGAAGCCUCCCGCCUGGCUCACUACAACAAGCGCUCCACCAUCACCUCCCGGGAGAUCCAGACCGCAGUCCGCCUGUUGCUGCCUGGGGAGCUGGCCAAGCACGCCGUGUCCGAGGGCACCAAGGCCGUCACCAAGUACACCAGCGCCAAGUAAUCUCUCUCUCUCUCCCCAUUCCCUGGCCCACCAACCCAAAGGCUCUUUUCAGAGCCACC